CAGCAGGAAGCAAUGCAUUGUCUUCACUCAGUUCCUCUCCCAUUUCGUAUGGCUCCAGGCUGUUGAUUAACUGCAGUUUCUCCAGAUAGUGGGCUCUUACACUGGGCUCUAAGCCUUCUACAUACUUUCUAGCAGCUUCUGUUUUCUUAUUGCAAGUUUCUUUGGCCGAUGCCAUUACGAAAAUUGCGAUUUUAUUUUUUUUUCCUGUGUGAAAUGUAAGCGUUAUUUGUUUAUGUAAACAUCCAGGACUUUUGUGUUUUGGUGACGUCGGUGAAAACACUCCGUUUACGUCAAUCGGUACUAAAGAUGAGAAUUCGACAUCGUGCUGAAUUACCACCUGCGAACCGAAAUAUUAUGCUUACAAUGACCAUCACAUCUUUAGAAAUUAUUAAAAAUUUAGAAUGUGCUCUGAAAAUGCUCUGUCGAGCUGCGUAGAUUUAAACAUGCAAUCCAGUUCACAAGUCAGUGUUUCUUCACAGCUACUUUAAGUUAGUUUACAUGGGGGUAGACUAUGGGGGAAGCCAUUGCCUAGAAGCAACUUUGGGACCAAAAGGAUGCCGGUUCGAUUCCCUGGACCAGUAGGAAUGCAGGGGCGUAGCUGGGGGGUCCUGGGGUGCCCGUGGACCCCCCCCCCCCCGUUGGACCAUACAUUUUUUUUCAAGAGCUUCAUAAGAAUAUUAGAAAAGCGGCCACUGUAAUUUUUCUAGCUUUUUUUUUUUUUUUUAAACUAGAUUGUCACCUCAGCUUCAUUAGGGUUUCUAUAACCUUGUUAUGGACUUCCUGUGGUUUGGGUGCGAAAGCCCAGUUCUGCGCAACACGAUCGCACUAGAAAGCACGGUCAAGCUGCCAGUGUAGCUGCAGUCUUUUUAGUUGCGAAUUAUAAGUAUUUCCUUUUGUGUUAAUAAUUCGCCAUGUCAAAACAAGCGAAACUUUCCUCCUCCUUUCAACGUGAAGAGAGUUGCUGAAAGGACAUGACCGGGAGAAGGCGAGCGAAGCCCAAUCGGGGUGGAGGACGCUUUAAUCGUGGAGGUGGAGGCGGAAGGAAAGUAUUCCAUGGCUUGGACGAUGAUUUUAGCCUGGAUCUUGGACCAGGUCCCUCUGGCAAACCUUCCUCUAAAAGAAGAGGACGAGGGGCUUUUACAAGUAGUGGCCGUGGUGGCAGUAGAGGAAGGGGACGGGGCAGCUUUCAGGGUGUUUUUAGAGAUGGCUCCAGGCAGGGUGAAGAAGGCCAGUUCAAGCUGCCCCUACAGAAGAUACAUAUGACCUCAGAAAACCGGCUACAAGUAAAGGAAUUACUGAAAGAACUUCAGAGUCAGGAGUACAAUACUCCAAACAGUGGCUCAGACUAUGAGGGAGAGGAGGAGGAGGAGGAGGAGUUUGAUGAGCUGGACCAUCGUGAAGAAGGUCAGUUCUGGAUCACUCAGGAUGAUGGUGUUGGGUGUGCAGAAGAUGAUGUUUGUGAAGAAGACAAUGAGGAAGAAACACCUGCCAAACCAGAACCUGUUGCUUCCCUGUUUGCCUUAGGCACGCUCUGCAGGUAUGGCUUUGACCGUGAGCGGAGCAGGCGAGCUCUGGAAGCAGUAGAAAGUGGUGGGCAGGGGGAAGUUGGAGCAACACUGGAACUCCUUUUCUCUCAGAUGUUCACUGAACGUUUUGGCUCGACUGCUCUUGACCUUCAGGUGCCUGACCCUCCAUCAUACGAGGAAUGCAUUGCCCUGCGCCAAGAGGAGGCUGAUGUUUUAACUGCCAUUUAUGGAGAGCGCUUCUGUGAGCGAAUCAAUGGCCGAGUCUGGACAAUCCGCCUGGAUCUGCUGUGGAUGACUGAGGGCCGUAACAGCACAUCAGAGUCGACCAAGAAAGGACUGGUGAGCAGGUCUUCAUCCACUCAGGUGUGUAAAUUCUACUUAAAAGGAUCGGGAUGUAAAUUUGGGAAGCAGUGCCGUUUCAUACACCAAAGACCAACUGACUCGAGCCAUCACAGAGACCCAUAUGGGCCUAGCCAGCCUGGUUUUAGCAGUACUGAUUGCCCUGUUUACCAGCUGGAGGUCCGCUUUCCUCAAGGAAACUGCUACCCCUUUCAGCCACCAUUAGCUGCCUUCAGUACCACAAAUGAAGCAAUCUCUGGAGCAGGACGCCUUAACGUGACAGAGUAUCUCUUUGGCCAAUCACUUUCAGCAGCACGAGAGGGCGAGCCUGUGGUCUACACCCUCGUCUCCUGUCUUGAGGAAGAAGGACCAAUCAGAGAGCUCCUUUCAGCUUCACAUCACAAAUAUAGUGCUCCACCCCCUGUAUUAGCCACACCCGUUAUUACUGCAACAAAAAUUCGUAGCAAGUGCACUUCAGCUGACGGUACACCGAGCAGUACAACAGUUUCGUCACGAGUUACUAAUGCAGCACAGAACACCAAACUCGCAGCCAUGCACACAGAAGGAGAUAAACACAACACAGAAGAUAUCGAAGAUGAGCAAUAUGAUGAAAAUGCUGAAGAAAGCAUUCCCAUUGAGAAUGAGAGCUAUGUGAACUUUAGAAAGAGGAUGGAGAAAAAUACUGAGAUGAGAGAUGAACAGGUGCUGCAGGAGAACAAGAAACUUUGUCGCGAGUUCAAGAGAAAACCGUCUUCCAGGCGCUAUGCGUCAAUGCAGGAGCAGAGAGUCAAGCUGCCUGUGUGGGAAAAGAGACAGAACAUUUUAGAUGCUCUGGAGAAGAAUCAGGUUUUGGUGAUCAGUGGCAUGACGGGGUGUGGUAAGACCACUCAGAUCCCUCAGUUUAUCCUGGAUGACUCUCUGAGUGGACGAAAGGAGAGCGUAGCCAACAUCAUAUGCACUCAGCCUCGCCGUAUCUCUGCAAUCGCCGUGGCAACCAGGGUCGCUCAGGAACGGGCCGAAACUCUGGGCCACUCCACUGGGUACCAGAUCCGUUUGGAGACUGUCAGAUCCUCCUGCACUAGGCUGCUGUUCUGCACCACUGGUGUUUUGUUGCGCAGGCUAGAGGGAGACACUCAGCUCCGUGGAGUCACACACAUCAUAGUAGACGAAGUUCAUGAACGCACAGAGGAGAGUGACUUCCUGUUGCUGGUUCUCAAUGAUCUGAUGUUGCAAAGAUCUGACCUGAAGAUUAUCCUGAUGAGUGCUACUCUCAAUGCUGGUCUCUUCUCCCAGUAUUUCCACAAGUGCCCCACUAUCCACAUACCAGGACGUACAUUCCCAGUGGAACAAUUUUUCCUUGAAGACGCCAUCGCGAUGACCAGAUAUGUGAUGGAGGAUGGCAGCCCAUACCGGAAAUUGGCAAAGCAGAAUGGCCCACCCAAUCAAAGGGCUGGGAAAGUACAGCCUGCUGUGAUGAACAUGGAUGAUGAUGAUGAUUGGUCAUUUAGCUCCUUUGUAAAGAAAGAUGUAGUCAAAGACUCCAUCCUUGACCAACAACUCGGUGUGCAGGAGCUCGCACUCCGAUAUCCAGCUUGCUCAAAACCUGUGUUGAAAACUCUGGCUGCGAUGGACCUAAAUAAAAUCAACAUGGAUCUUUUGGAGAGUCUACUUGAGUGGAUUGUAAAUGGAGACCACAGUUACCCUCCAGGUGCUGUUCUGGUCUUCUUGCCUGGAUUAGCUGAAAUAAAGCAGUUAUAUGAGCAGCUGCAAGCCAAUAGAAUGUUUAACAGAAGAGCUAAAAAGUGUGUGGUGUACCCACUUCACUCUUCUCUGUCCAACGAAGAGCAGCAGGCAGUGUUCACACAGCCACCAGAGGGUGUGACCAAAAUCAUCAUCUCUACCAACAUUGCAGAGACGUCAGUAACCAUUGAUGAUGUAGUGUAUGUCAUCGACUCUGGCAGAAUGAAAGAGAAGAGGUACGAUGCCAGUCGGAGUAUGGAGAGUCUGGAGGAUGUGUGGGUGUCUCGUGCUAACGCUUUGCAGAGGAGAGGCCGAGCUGGCCGUGUGGCCUCUGGAGUCUGCUUCCAUCUGUUCACCAGCCAUCGCUUCACUCACCAUCUGAGCCAACAACAGCUGCCUGAGAUCCAGAGAGUUCCACUGGAGCAGCUCUGUCUCAGGAUUAAAGUGUUGGAGAUGUUCUCCAAGUCUCCCCUGCACUCUGUGUUUUCUCGGCUCAUAGAACCUCCAGCACAGGGCAGUCUGGAGGCAGCUAAGCAAAGACUCUGUGCUCUUGGUGCACUUACUGAAGCCGAGUGUCUCACUCCUCUUGGUUGGCAUCUUGCCUGCCUUCCGGUGGACGUGCGCAUUGGAAAACUGAUGCUGCUGGGUGCCAUAUUCCGCUGCCUGGACCCAGCCCUCACCAUUGCUGCUAGCCUGGCCUUCAAGAGCCCAUUUGUCUCUCCAUGGGAUAAAAGGGAGGAGGCGAAUGAGAGGAAACUCAGUUUUUCACUUGCCAACAGUGACCAUCUUGCUCUGCUACAGGCAUAUAAGGGUUGGUGUACUGCAGCACAGAGUGGUUCACAGGCUGGAUAUCGGUACUGCAGAGAGAACUUCCUGUCUAUCCGGGGAUUACAGGAAAUAGCAUGUCUGAAGAGGCAGUUUGCUGAGCUCCUGUCUGAUAUCGGCUUUGUAAAGGAAGGAUUGAAAGUCCGAGACAUUGAGAGAAUGAGCUCGAAAGGAACAGAUGGUGUGUUAGAGGCUACAGGCUAUGAGGCUAAUCUAAAUUCUGAUAACACAAAGCUGAUGUCCGCAAUGUUGUGUGCAGCCCUCUACCCCAAUGUUGUCCAGGUGCAAGCUCCACAGGGGAAAUAUAAGCCGACAAGUAAAGGGGCAAUGAAAAUUAAGCCUAAAGCUGAGGAACUGCGCUUCCUCACUAAAAACGACGGAGCAGUUCACAUCCAUCCUUCAUCGGUCAACUUUAUGGUGCGUCAUUAUGACAGCCCAUACCUGGUCUACCACGAGAAAGUGAAGACCAGCCGUGUGUUUAUCCGAGACUGCACUAUGGUAUGUGUGUAUCCCAUGGUGCUGUUUGGUGGGGGGCAGGUCAAUGUGGAACUACAACAUGGCGAGUUCAUCAUCUCUCUGGAUGACGGCUGGGUCCGAUUCACUGCCGCAUCACAUGAAGUUGCUGAGCUGGUGAAGGAGCUGCGCUGGGAACUUGACCAGCUCUUAGAGGAGAAAAUCAAGAACCCCAGCAUAGACUUGAUCACCUGCCCACGAGGUUCCCGUAUCAUAGACACUAUAGUAUCUCUCAUCUCAACCCAGUAACAUGCAGGAUUAUACACACAUUUCUCACAUCCAUAUCCAUCGCAUGCAAAGUAACGAAGCAUCCAUCAUAUCCACCAUGUAUGCCUUUUGUACAACAGUGUUAUUUUUAUAUUUAAAUUGGAAAAUACGGAUUCACCCCUCAUGUGAUUUACACAUGUACUGUAAUUUGGAUGAGUCCAUAUUGGAUGCUAGGUGGAGGCUGUACACAAAUAAAAACAAGAAUCAUAUGCAUAAAAAGGACUUACUAUAUGGAACAUUUAUUUGAAAUUUAGCAUGAAUAAUAUGGUUGCUCUUUAGAUAUUCUCUGCCUUUUCACAAUUAACGUUAGACAAUGAAUGGAAAAGUCAACUGAUAGAAUGCCUUGAAUAUUAUUUUAUAAUAAUUGAACAUUUUAUUUUGAUAUAAAAAUCAG